AUUCAAGAUAUGAAAUCCCAUGCCUUUUCCCCCUUUGAAAAUCCUUUUCCAGAUACCUACCAAGUUUGUUUCCCCUUGUUGCUAAUCCCGUCUCCGUACCUACCUACAACGUCGUUCCCAAGAUGACAGCGGAAUAUGACAAUAUGUCGAAAUGGCAUGCCGUGAGGUCGAAGAGGAUCUUCCAGGUGGUACAAUACAAUUGGAUCAUUUUUCCUGUUGCGACGGUAAUCACGUAUAACUUAUUCUUCCUUCUCUUCAACAAUCCGGAACUUCCGUUCUUCCACAUACCCACCGACUCUUCCCUGACUUUCACACGAGAUACAAUUCUUUGGAUGGUUUUGGCCUUGCCGAAUCGCCCCAUGGGCCUACUCAGCUUUUUCGGAGCGUGGUGGCCCUGUAGACCAUUUCGACUCAACAACCAACCCGUCAAGAGGUCUUUCAACCGCUUACUCAUCUGUCUCGUCACUCGUGGUGACCAACAAGAGAUCGUCGAGCGUUCAGUGGCUGCAAUCCAAGACCUAUAUAAAAAGGUCGAUGAUCGGGUGUCUCUUCAUGUGUUGUGUGAAGAGGAAUACGCCGGAAGAUUUCACGGCAUCUUUAGAGAUCACGUCUUCAUACAUGGAGUUCCUAGUUCUUAUAAACCCCGAAAGGCGAAGUACAAGGCCCGAGCUCUCGAGUGGUUUCGGAUCGAUAGGAAAAUCCAAGAUGAUGAUUGGGUCUUGUAUCUGGACGAAGAAACUAUGAUUGACGAGUACACUGUUAAGACCUGCGUCGAGUUCAUAUCUAAGCAAGACUCAGUUGAUCUAGGAACCGGGGUUAUACACUAUAACGGCCAUAAUUAUUGGGGCGCGGUUAUUCCGCAGAUUGGCGACAUCAAUCGUGUAACCGAUGACUAUGGUCGUUGCCAAUUCCAGGCCAACGCUGUGCAAAAGGCCUCAUUGGGCAUCCAUGGGGCUUUCCUCAUUGCCAGCGGUAAGGUACAAAAUGCAGUAACAUGGGAGACAGACUGCGUGACGGAAGACUACUGGUUUCUCUUAGGAGCUAUGAAGAGGGGAUUUCGAAUCGGAUGGGUCCCUGCUAUAGCCAGAGAACUCUCUCCGGCGACCAUUCACGACUUCGUGAGACAACGGCGACGCUGGUAUAGUGGUAUCCUAACCAUAGGUGAAUUAGACGGUCUGUUUCUGCUUUACUCGUGGUUAUGGUGUCUUUUGGGCCCUCUAUAUUGUUUUUAUUGUCUCGUCACAGAGCGGAGUAUCACUGCUGUCCCGUGGUGGCUUAUACAUAGCUUCACCUCGAUGUGUGUGUCACGUCAGGGCAUGGCGCCCGUCCCGCUAUGGUUCUUCCGCGUCAUCGUCUUCGAGAUGGCCCAAUAUACUGUCUACACUACAUUGUCGCUGUUCCUCCAGGACUGGGAUGCCGGUAUUCCAUGGACUUCCAUGAUCUAUACACAAAUCUUGUGCAACGUGCUGAGGCCUUUCGUGAACCUCGCCGAUGGCUACGCUGUACUUACUACAUUUUUGAGCCCGGAAAAGGAGUUCUUCGUAAUCAGGAAGAAAUAGGCUGGCUUGGGAAUGAUGCUUGCGCAGUAAGAAUAAGCCAAAUGCUAGAUAGGAGCAGAGAAAAGGCUUGGGGGUAGUAAGAGGACAGGGACGAGUAUAAGACAAACACGAUCCGAUAGAAGACUUAAAACUCGAAGGCUUAGAGUUGGGUGA